GCGGUCCAAGUCAAGUCUUUAGCAGUGCGUGUAUGCGGGUGCUGUUCUGGUGUACUGGGGUUGGAAAAAGUAAAAAAAACAGCAGCUGUUUAAGGAAGUCAAUUCUUCAUUAUACCCCACCACACCUAAAACCCUAUCACAUCCAAAACCCCCAACCAAACUUUCACUGGUAUGCUCGGGACCAACGUCAGUCCCGGCAGUUGGCUAUUACUGACUUUUCUGGGCGUGGAGCAAGGAAAUUACUAGAUGCCUGACUGAUUUUUGCCAGCCUACAGUUCGAAUACAGGAUGGCAGAUGAAUUACAAGUGGGAAGAGCUAGCAAAUUGGAGGUGUUAACAUUACCAGAAAACUCACCUGUUGAGAAAGAAUGUGAUAAUGUGUAUGGUGAAACAAGUGAGGCAGAGGACUUGUCAAACUAUUUGAAAUCUCUGAACGAGGAACAGGCACAAUCUAAAAAGUUAUGUGGAUAUCUCAACAAGCUAGGAGGCAAAGGACCACUCAAAGGCUGCAAGACUCGUUGGUUUGUGUAUGAGCCAAAGAAAUGCCUUCUGUAUUAUUUCCGAACUGCCCAUGAUAGCACUCCAUUAGGGAGCAUGGAUUUAGCAAAUGCUGUGUUCAAUUUUUGUCUGGAAGCUGAGGAAGGAACCUUUGAAAUCAAAACUCCAGAGAAGGAUUAUACUCUGAAGGCAAAAAAUAAAGAAGUCAUGAUGUACUGGUUACAACAUUUGCAGCAGAAACGCUGGGAACACGACAAGCAGAAUCACCUUUCUGAAGCUGAUCUCCCCACUCCAGAACAAUCUUCUGACCCCCCACCACCAUUCAAAAUAGUAGAGGAAAUAAAUGAUUUCUUGGAUCCGGUGAAGACACCUACAGGCCUGGUUGGAGAAGAAGCGGCUUUACUGCCUGCCCCACUGCAGCCAACCACCUUGUCCAACAUCUCACUCAAGCACCUGGGAACUGAAAUCCAAAAUUUUGGGUCAAAAACUGUGUUUCAGUUCUGUGGGAACAGGCCGUUAAGGGAAAAUCGAACAAGCAGUGAGGAAAUCAACCAGGCAACAAGUGAAAAGAGUGAAAGUCCAUCACCACCCAAAGGAGCAGAUACAUCAGUAAAAGAGUGUUAUCUGGAAGAGCAGAAGCCUCCAUCCCAGAAGUCUUCAACAGCCAACUUGAAGAACAUGGCCAGUCUUCCUAACACUAGCCCAGUGUUUCAGGAGAGAUUUGCAGCGAAGGAUGGGAUUUUUUCAGACAAGGACACCAGUUUACACAACGACAUCUUCAACCUCACAAGAGAGCUCAAUGCACAGAGGGACCUGGUGAAGCUCCUGCACAGAGCUCUUGAAGCAGCACAGCAGGAGAAGAGGGCUUGUGGCUCGUACCUCACAGCUGAUGAAUCCACCCGUCUGGAGCUGGUGAGGCACAAGGUGCGGCAGAUCAGGGAGCUUGAGAAUCGGGUGCACUUGCUGGCGAAGGAGAAGGAAGAGACAGAGCAGAGCUUGAAGCUCCAGCAAAACCACAUCGAGGAGCUGAAGCAGCAUACCCAGCUGCUGAUGGAGAAGAACCAAGCCAAGCAAGAAGUCAUCCUAAAGCUCUCCGAGCAGUUGGCCGAGAACACCGAGGAGCCAGAAAAUUAUGAUGAGGUCAUCACUACAACUCUGGAUGAGCUCAGGGGGAAAGUUUCACAUUUGAAGGAUGUUCAAGAAGGCUACAAAAUGCAAAACAAAUUCUUAAAUUCUGAGAUCUAUCAGAUCACUAAGCUGUGGCAAAAAACCAGGGAUCGCGAGAAGGCGCUGAUUACGAAGUGUACAUAUCUAGAGGCCAAGUACUGCCAGAUUGAGAGUAAAUACCUGGUAGUGCUUCACAAGCUCCAAGACAUCUGUGGCCAAGAUGACACCUAUCAAGAAAUAGUAAAGCAGUUUGUUGCUGACCAGCUGAAAUGGGAGAUUAAGGAUGAAACCAGUCUUAGAGUUGGCAGACUUUGCAGUGAGCAUGAUGAUUAUGGAUUCAAGUUGGUAUCUUCUCCAGUGCAGGAGCAAAGUAUCUUAACCAGAAUCCAAGCUCUUGAACGAAAAUCCAACAACUUGAUGGUCGGUCAGGACGGCCAGGAGAAAACCAUCCAGGUGAAAUGGGACAAUCUCCUCUCUGGCAAGACCUUUGGAGAACUGGUGCCUUUACCAGAGUUGAAGAACCUGAUCAGAAAUGGCAUUCCCAGGGAGCACCGAAGGCAUGUUUGGAGAUGGUGCACCAGUAGACGGGUUCGGCAAAUAAAGGAACGAUACAGCAGCAACCACUACCAGGAGCUGUUGAAGCUUUGCAAGAACAAACAGCAGGCAGCUUCCAAGCAGAUUGAGCUGGACCUCCCACGGACGCUGACCAAUAAUAUACAUUUCAGCUCGCCCACUUCCAAGAUGGUUCAGAAGCUGCGCCGGGUGCUGUUGGCAUACUCGUGGCAAAACCCGGAUAUUGGGUACUGUCAAGGACUGAACAGACUGGCUGCGAUUGCAUUGUUGGUGCUGCAGGAGGAAGAAGAUGCCUUUUGGUGCCUGGUCGCUAUUGUUGACUGCAUCAUGCCAGAAGAUUACUACAGCAAAACUCUCACAGGCUCCCAGGUUGACCAGAGAGUGUUUAAGGACCUGUUGUCAGAGAAGAUGCCUAGGCUUGUGUCCCACUUUGAUCAGUACAAUGUGGAUCUUUCAUAUAUCACUUUCAACUGGUUCCUCGUGGUCUUUGUGGACAGUCUGCUGAGUGACAUCCUCCUCCAGGUCUGGGAUGCAUUCCUCUAUGAGGGAACAAAGGUUAUAUUCCGGUAUGCGCUGGCGAUUUUUAAAUACCACGAGGAAGAAAUUCUCAAACUUCAUGACAACCUUACAAUUUAUGAUUACCUGCAAUGUCUGACCAAAAGCAUUUCUGAGGGAAAGAGACUGAUGAACAUUGCUUUUGUUGAAAUGAACCCGUUCCCCAUGAGACUGCUUCGCAACCGACGGGCUGCACAUCUGGAGAAGCUCAAAGCUGAGCUCAGGGAGCUGGAGAGGAUACGGGCAGAAUAUGUGAAAGAAAGAGAAGAACAUAAAGACCUGGUUGCUGUUAGUGAGGACGAGGAGGAAACAUAAAAGGCAUGUUCUGCCACCCAAAUCUCUGAACUUUCUAUAAGGGAGAUUGGAAAACCGGACAAUGUCUUCAAGGAAUUGCUGCACCUGGGAUGUCCAGUGAUGAAAAUUGCCUUCUGCAAGACACACUUCCUGAAUUGACAAGAAAAUGCACUUGAGUAAAGUUGUUGGAUUUCAAACGUUUACCUGUUUUGUGCUGAUCAUAAGACCAUAGGAUAUAAGAGCAGAAUUAGGCCACUCAGCCCAUCAAGUCUGCUCUAUCAGUCUAUCACGGCUGAUUUAUAAUCCCUCUCAACCUCUCAACUUGUGCUAUAUUAUUUGCCUUCUCUUUUGCUUUUAUGCUGACUUUGAUUUCCCUUGCAGCCACAGUUGCUUUGUCCUCCCUUUAGAAUACUUCAUGGUCAGAUAUUUGCUGGCCAGAUAAAGUAUAGAAAUGGAGUAAAACUUGUUGGCCCAACAAAAGUGGCAUUGUGGAGCUGCAAAUAUCCCCAGGACACUGAGGAUAUUUUUACUCCUCUCACACCAAAACAUCCUAUGAUAAGAUAGGUGAUUCUACCCCAAUGUAUUCCAUGCAAUUUUGUCCUGUGUUUAGUUUGGGAUCAUACAUCUGAGCUCUGAUGGAGGGAGAUCCUAACAAUGAUAGGACGGUGCACUGGACAGCUGAUUCCACAGGAACAUGCAUAUUUUGGUGGCUGAUUUUUUUAGCUCAGCAGGCAGGUUUGCACACACUGAUAUUGGUUGGCAUAAUUGUUUGGACAUUAGCUAUGUAGAAGGAUUUGUGUGUAAACAGCUUUCUUUUUCUCUAGUGGAGAAGAUAUAUAAUCUCAAAGAUGUUUGAGGAUGCAGUGCCUCUACAAGAGAGAGCACAGUUUUUUAAUAUGCCAUGAAUGUUUAACUGUUCAUCUUGUAUUCAUUACCCAAAUGUUUUCUUUGGGGAGAUAUCUUGAAGUCUAUGUAUUUUCUUCUCCUUCGGUAUCUGUGAAACUGGGAGGAUUUGGAUGCAGCAAAUUUAUCAAAUUUACCCCAACUCUAAACAUAGCCCAUGAACAUCAUUAUGUGAAUCUUGUGUCUUCUUGAGAAAUAAAGGUAAUCUAUUUGUUCCUGGAAGCUGGCUUUCCCCAGUGAUUGAGAGGCAGGAGAUGAUUUUGUGUCAUUAAAACUGUCAGCGAAAUCCUUGCAGUGAGAGCCAAGACAAAGGUUUCCACUUUGAAAAUAUACCUAAAAGUCUCUUUUGUGGUGCAUUUUCAAUGUAAAGUAUCACCUUCAGCAAAACCAUUGUUGGGUUAAUGCAUAAGCUAGGGAGAACAGAGAAGGCCAUUCAGCCUCUAUUUAUUUGCUUUCCCAAUUACUGAUGCCAUGUUUAAUCUGUGACCAAAUUCCAUGUAGCCAGUCCUUCCCAAUACACAUUAAGCUAAGAAAAACAUGUUAUAGAGUAACAGUCAUGUAUCACUACAGCACAGAAACAGGCUAUACGACCCAUUUAGUCUAUGCUGAACUGUUAUUUUGCUUAGUCCCAUCCAUCUGCAACAUAUCCAUCCAUAGUCCUCCCAUACAUGUACAUGUACCUAUCCAAACUUCUCUUUAACGUUGCACCCUAAUGCACGUCGACCACUUAUGCUGGCAGCUUGUUCCACACUCGCAUCACCCUCUGAACAAAUAAGUUUUCCCCCUCAGGCGCCCUUAAAUAUUUCACCUUUAAUCUUUAAACUGUGACCUCUAGUUCUUGACUCACCCAACCUCAGUGGAAUAAAGACUGCUUGCAUUUACCCUAUCUAUAACCUUGUUAAUUUUGUAUGCCUCUGUCAAAUCUCCCCUCAUUCUCCUACACUCCAGGGAAUAAAGUCCCAACCUUUCCCUAUAACUCAGGUCCUCAAGCCCCAGGAAUAUAAUAUGUUCUCUGUACUCUUUCGAUCUUAUAGAUGUCUUUCCUGUAGGAAAGUGACCAGAACUGUACACAAUACUCCAGAUUUGGACUCACCAACAUCUUGAACAACUUUAACAUAAACAUCCCAAGGGCUGUACUCAGUGCUUUGGUUUACGAAGGUCACUGAGCCAAAAGCUCUCUCUAUCAUCAUGUCUACCUGUGACGACACUUUCAAGGAACUAUGGAUCUAUAUUCCUAGAUCCCUCAGUUCUACCGCACUCCUCAGUGUCCCACGACUCACUUGUCUGCAUUAAAAUUCAUCUGUCAUUUUCAGCCUAUUUCUCAAUCUGGUCCAGAUCCUGUUGCGAGCUUUGAUGGCCUUACUUGCUGACCACUAGGACCCUAAUCUCAGUGUCAUUUUCAAAUUUGUAGAUCCAGUUUACCACUGUAUCAUCCAGAUUGUUAAGAUGACAAACAAAAACGGACACAGUACCGAUCCCUGCCGCACUCCACUAGUCAUAGGCCGGCAGUCAGAGAGGCAACCGUCUCCUACCACUCUCUGGCUUCUUCUGCUAAGCCAAUGUUGAAUCCAAUUUACUAUUUCAUCCUGAAAGCCAAGUGACAGGCACUUCACCUGUAGUUAAGGACAUUUUAAAUAGUUCUGCUAGAACCCCUGUAAUUUCUGUACUAGCUUCCUACAAGGUCCGAGGAGACACCUUGUCAGGUCCUGGGAACUUAACCAUCCUAAUUUUCCUCAAGACGGCAAGCAUCUCCUCUUCUUUAAUCCCAAUACAAUCCACGACCUUGCUAUUAUUUUACCUCAGUUCCAUCAACUCUGUGUCCAUGUCCCAAGAAAAUACAGAUGCAAAAUAUCCUUUUUAAGAUUUCUCCUGUUACUUUUGACUCCAUGCAUAGAUGACAACGCUGAUCUUCAAGUGGACCAAUUUUGGCCCUUCCUAACCUCUUGCUCUUAAUACUUUAUAUCUGUAGAAGCCCCUAGGAUUCUCUUUCACCUUGUCUGUCAGACUAACCUCGUGCCAUCUUUUAACCAUCCUGAUUUCCUUCUUGAGUGUUUUCUUAUAUAUCUUAUACUCUUCCAUCACUCAUUUUUUCCUUCCUGCUUAUACCUGCUAUCCCCCACCUCCUUAACUGGGGACUCAAUGUCCCUCAAACACCAAGGUUCCCUUGUUAGCUUUGCCUUUUAUUCUAGCAGGAACAUACAAACUCUAUACUCUCAAUAUUUCACUUUCGAAGGCCUCCUACUUAGCAAGCAUUCCUUUGACAGAAAAUAAUCUAUCCCGAUCCACACCUGCCAGAUCCUUUCUGAUGCCUUCAAAAUUGGACUUUCUCCAAUUUAGAAUCUCAACAUAAAAGCCAGUACUAUCCUUCUCCAGAAUUAUCUUGAAGCUAAUGGAAUUAUAUUCACUCGAUCCAGUGUUCCCCAUUACACGCUGAUGUCACCUGCCCUCUCUGAUUCCCUAAUAGAAGAUCCAGCAAUCAUUUUCAUAUUUAGUAUUGACAAUUAACCUGGUGUUGAUUUGCUGUUUACAGAAGAGAAAUCCACUUUCUAUACCAAAUUAAUGAGAAAUUUAAUAUUUACCCAAAAAAACUCAAGAUUGUGAUUUUAAAAAACAAUUAUUGUAUGCAAUUAAAGUAUUUUUACUUCCUACUGCAGUUUCUGGUGUUUCAUUUCCUGACUUGGUGUAUGACUAAAGGCUUUGUGGGAAUUUGCAAAAGGUAUAGUAUGUUUUUAAACCUGGUUUUAUUAUAUGUUUUGUGUUGAUUACAAUUAUAAAUAAAACAA